AAACAGUUGCUGACCUAAUGAUUUACUAAUUCCACUUUCAUUCAUCCAUUCGCUUCCUAUUCCUUUGUCAUAUUUCCAUUUAGGUUCCUUAGCAGCCUACCCUUUACUGACCCGCGAUUCAAAAACCAGUGCACUGCGGAAUUUCACGCAUUUUUUUUUAAAUGCGCUUGAUAUAAAGUGUGAAGUCUCGCCCACUGUCUUUUCCCUUUCCCCCUAUCAACAUUCGCAUUCCAUAGAAUCGUUGCUGAAGUUCCCUGCUUUGGUUGCUCUUCUGCUUCAAUUCAUUGUUUAAACUGAGAAAGAUCGUUUCUUUGAUGUUGAAGGUGGGAGAGAGGAAACGAAUGGAGUAAUGGAGGCGGCGAAUCUCUAGUUCUUUUGACAGCAAACGCAAGGGAAUCUUCGUCUUAUGGCAUGGCAUGCCUGUGGAAGAAGAAGAAACAGUGCAUAGAAGCCGUUUCGAAUCUCGACUCUGACCUUGUGUUGACCCGCUCCACCAGUCCACAUACGGCUCUUGAUGGAAAAUUGUGUCGCCUUCCGCUGUUUUCUUUUCCGGGCGAUGACAAGUUUGCGAUUGUUUGGCUCUUUCCUUCUCAUGUUAUUUGUCGUCUUCGCUCAAAUUGCACCCAAUACUGUGCAAGGAUUUACUGGAACUUAUGGUAUCAAUUAUGGGAGAAUUGCAAACAAUAUUCCCUCACCAGAUGAAGUUGUUACACUUCUCAGAGCUGCAAAAAUAAGGAAUGUUAGAAUUUAUGAUGCUGAUCAUACUGUUCUCAAUGCCUUCAGUAAAACUGGUCUUGAACUUGUAAUUGGACUUCCCAAUGGACAGCUGCAAGACAUGAGUUCCAACCCGGACCACGCCUUGAACUGGGUGAAGGAAAAUGUACAGGCGUUUCUUCCUGAUACACGCAUUCGGGGGAUUGCUGUGGGAAAUGAGGUUUUUGCUUCUGACUUUAAUUUGUGGGGAGCUCUUCUGGGUGCUGCAAAGAAUAUAUACAAUGCUACCCAAAAACUCAAUCUGGAUAGUCCAAUUCAGAUUUCUACUGCACACUCAUCUGCUGUGUUCAAGAACUCCUACCCUCCCUCCUCUUGUAAAUUUGCAGAUAAUAUUAAUCAGUAUAUGAAGCCACUGCUGGAGUUCUUCUCCCAAAUUGGCUCUCCUUUUUGUUUAAAUGCUUACCCCUUCCUGGCCUACACGUAUGACCCAGAGAAUAUUGAUUUAAAUUAUGCACUUUUCCAGCCAUCGAAGGGAAUAUAUGACCCUAAGUAUCGUUUGCAUUAUGAUAAUAUGCUUGAUGCUCAGAUAGAUGCAGCUUAUGCAGCUUUGGAAGAUGCUGGAUUUGAUAAAAUGGAAGUCAUAAUUACUGAGACAGGGUGGGCCUCACAUGGAGAUGAAACUGAACCUGCAGCAACUCCAAUUAAUGCGAGGACAUAUAACUAUAACCUGCGUAAAAGACUUGCUAAGAAGAAAGGAACCCCGCAUAGGCCAAAAAAUGUUGUGAAGGCUUACAUUUUUGCUCUUUUCAACGAGAAUCAGAAGCCGGGGGCAGGUUCUGAGAAGAAUUAUGGACUUUUCAAGGCUGAUGGUAGCAUAUCAUAUGACAUUGGAUUUCAUGGACUUAACGCUGGAGAUUCGUCUUUUUUGUCCAUCAAGAAUAUUUAUGCUCAAGGUUUGUCUAGAUCCUACGCCAGGGUAUUAUUUCUCUCAACUUUGGUACUACUCCUGUUCUGGAGUUAGAGAUCUAACAGCAUCAACCUCUCUCUCUCUCUCUCUCUCAUUUCUCACGAUAAUAAAUGGGUUUUGGGGGUUCGGCUGGUUUUUAUUCCACCCUGCAGAUCAAAAUCAUACCAUCUUAUGUAAUUGAUUGUAUUUCAUAAAGUAAUUUCUAGCAAUGAAGAAUUUUGUUCCUACUCAGGAAAUCUGUAAUUAUUUUUCUCUUGAGAAAAUUUUCCUUCUUAA